AUGUUGUCUAAAAAGGAGCUCAAGAUUCUCACCUUGCUGGGAAUCGACACGGUCUUCUUCCUGCUGGAGAUUAUUGUUGGUUAUGCCGUCAACUCGCUAGCCCUAAUUGCAGACUCUUUCCACAUGCUUAACGACAUCAUCUCUUUGCUGGUUGCCCUAUGGGCCGUCAACGUCGCCAAGACCAAGGAGGCAGAUGCCAAGUUCACGUAUGGUUGGCAACGUGCCGAGAUUCUGGGCGCAUUGAUCAACGCCGUGUUUUUGCUCGCUCUGUGUUUUACCAUUUUCAUCGAAGCCGUGCAGAGAUUCAUUUCUCCGCAAAACAUCACUAAUCCGCAGCUCAUCCUCAUUGUCGGUACCUGUGGACUUGUUUCCAACAUCGCGGGUCUUUUCUUGUUCCACGAACACGGCCACUCCCAUGGUGGAGGUGGUGGGGGUCAUUCCCACUCGCACCACGACGACACCGUCGAAAGCUCAGACAUCGAGGACGUGCUCCCACAGGUCGUUGUCAACAACUGGGACAUGGGCCACUCCGAAAGCCACAAGUCCCACAACCACGUUACCAAAACAAAGAAAGUCAAGAAACACACAAAGUCGCUCAACAUGCAGGGCGUCUUCCUCCACGUUUUGGGCGACGCUCUGGGAAACGUCGGAGUCAUGGCCACCGCCCUGUUUAUCUGGCUGACCGACUUCUCCUGGCGCUUCUACUCUGACCCGCUAAUUUCUUUGGUUAUCACGUGCAUCAUCUUCUCCUCCGCCCUCCCACUCUGCAAGUCUUCGUCCCGGAUCCUCUUGCAAGGAACCCCGCUAUCGGUUGACUCCGAGCUCGUCAAGGAAGACAUCCUCGACAUCCCAGGUGUUAUUUCUGUUCAUGACUUCCACAUCUGGAACCUGACCGAAAAACUGCUUAUCUGCUCCCUUCACGUGGACCUGAGCGUGUCUCCAGACGAGUUCCUGUCUGUGGCUGCUACCAUCAAGCAAUGUCUGCAUGCUUACGGCAUCCACAGUGCUACGAUCCAGCCUGAGUUCACUCAGUACUAUGCUAAGCACAACAGACUGCCAACACGGUUCUCGUCAGAGGCAGACCUCCACGGCCUCGCAGCAGAAGAGACUCAGGGCCUGCUGGCCCAGGACCAACGUUCCUACGGCGCCGCUGCCGCCUCCAACGGCCAAAUUGGGUGUAUGGUUGACGCGGCUGUGAAUUGCACAGCCGAGAAUUGUGUAGAACACUGA